GUCCAUCAGCAGCAGCCACCUGUUCAACAGGUUCACCAGCAACAACCACCUCCCCCUCAACAGGUCCAUCAACAGCAGCAAGCACCCCCUCAACAGGUCCAUCAACAGCAGCAACCGCCCCAACAACAGGUCCACCAACAGCAACAGCCUCCCCCUCAACAGGUCCAUCAACAGCAGCAGCCACCACCUCAACAG